AUGAAAGCAGCAAUUAGACUAUUAAAGCAUACGAUAAAAUUUGUUGGAGGACCACAUCCAGUUCCAACUGGCCCACAUCCCCUUGCGCCUAAGGGAGUAGUUCCUGGAUCAGUUGGUACAUCAUCCGGUAGUUCCCAAUCUAGAAGCUUCCACCACAGUAGUCCUAUUGAACCACAGAAUGGUGAAUUUUUUUCAAGAAGCGAACUUCCAAAGAGAUUCAGAUAUCCAACUAUAAAAGAUUGGGAAAUUGAUCAAGUAAGUAGCGGAGGUGCUGAAGUUGUGUUUUGA